AUGCGAUUCAAUCUACAAAGCCCACUGGGACUAGGCUCUCUCUGCGCAUCGGUAUUCUCAUUCUUUUCCGGCCAGGACUCAGGCUCUGUAACGUAUCAUCCAGUAAUUCCACCAUCUUAUCCGCUAGCAGUACGCAACCCGUAUCUGUCGGUAUGGAUGCCCAGCGACAGAGUCCAGCGUUUACCCUACUCGGAGCCCCAGUUCUGGGCAGGCCAGGAUCUUACUUGGUCGGUUAUUGUCCGUGUCGAUGGACAAGCCUAUAGUUUGAUGGGUGUUCCAAGUCCCGAAGCAAGUGGUAUCCUUCCUGCGAUUGUUCGUCGGGCUGAGUUUACUGCUACACAUUCUGUCUUUGACCUCAUGGCUGGCUCUGUGGAGGUCACGCUGGAUUUCUUAUCGCCAGUUUCUCCUUCAAAUUAUCUUCGGCAGUCGCUUCCCUUUAGUUACUUGACUGUACAUGUGUCUGAGUCAAAAGGCCAUAAAAUCCAAGUUUAUUCGGAUAUUGAUGCCAGAUGGACUGGCCAGGCUGGUCGCUCGCAGCGUGACUUUGAAAAACGGGAUGGCCUUGCUAUCUACUCACUGACAGUUGAAGAUGCAUCACUUUAUGCCGAGGCAGAUGACAUGGCUCUUUGGGGUCAAGCCAUCUUAGCUUCUCGACCUUCUAAUUUUAGCACAAUAACCGCUCUCUCCGGAAACCCCGAGAAAGUGCGUGGUGAAUUUGCCAAAGUAGGUGCGCUCUCUGGAGAAGACGACACUUGGAGUGAUGGAAGUGUCGUCGCGCUGGUUCACGAUCUAGGCCAUGUCACAGAUGGACUUUCUGUGAACUUUGUGGUAGGCUACGAGAGGGAAGCUGCUAUCAACUAUCUCGGAGAAGCCUAUACUGGCUACUAUCGGGCCGAGUAUCCAACAACCUCAAGUACGCUCUCAUUCUUCUUAGACGAUUAUGGUAGCGCAUUGUUGGAGUCAUGGAAGUUGGAUAUGGAGAUCGUCACUCUGUCUGCUGCUGCUGCGGGCCCCAAGUAUGCAGACAUCAUCGCUCUGUCAACUCGACAGGCAUACGGAGGUAUCGAUUUGACUAUUCCUAACAACACACUCGACACCAAGAAUGUGUUGGCGUUCAUCAAAGAACUUUCCAGUGAUGGAAACAUCAACACCAUCGAUGUCAUUAUGCCCGCUUUCCCAAUUUACUUUGUCAUGGACCCGGAUUAUAUUCGUCUCCUGCUGGAGCCCGUGAUGAAGUACCUCGCUGCUGGUCGCUGGCAUCUUCCAUACACGAUCCAUGAUCUCGGCACUCAUUAUCCUCAUGCCAUUGGCCAUGAUGACCAGCGAGCAGAGCCGAUGCCAAUUGAGGAGUGUGGAAACCUUCUGAUUCUAGCUUCGGUAUAUGCUUACGCCACUGGGGAUACCAAGUGGACUUCACAGUACACGGAGAUUUUCCAGAAGUAUGCCGAUUACUUAGUUGAAAACAGCAUCAAUAUUGCGACCCAGCUCUCUUCCAAUGACGCAGCUGGGCCACUCGCCAAUGAGACAAAUUUAGCAAUCAAAGCUGCUGUGGGUCUCAAAGCAUUCGGAGAGAUGAGUGGGAACACGUACUACACUCGGAUUGGAGAAGAGCAUGCAAACCUCUUCUUUGGGCAGGGCCUAGGGACAGACAAUGAGAAGACACAUUUUGUGCUGGAGUAUCCUGACUACCCAGAAACAUGGAAGACUCCAUACAACCUCUUCCCGGAUGUUUUGCUGGACUUGAAAACGUUCCCCGAUGCUGCCUAUCGAAUGGGCAGUGACUUCUUUGCAACAGUCCGAGGUAAGUACGGUGUUCCACUUGACAAUCGUCAGGACUGGGCCAAGUCAGACUGGAAUAUGUGGCUGGCUGGCACCUUCGAUACCAGCACUCGUGAUGAGUUCGUCGAUGACCUGUGGGCGUUCAUGACCAAUGGGAAGCACAACUGGCCGUUUUCCGAUCGUUAUGUUGCCAAUUCUGCCCAUGGCAAUGAGCCCGGUGUUCCUAUUCUUUGUCGAGCACGUCCAACUGUCGGUGGUCAUUUCGCAUUGUUGGCACUGAAGGGGCCGAGGUCUAUUCCCUGUUUGUCGAGUCUGGUACAUGGACAAGAAUCUGAGUCUGCAGUUAGGACACACUGGCGGAACCAUAUGCUUGAGUCUCAAGAGCUAUGA